AUGUUCGGCUACGCCAGCCCGCAGCAGCUCACAACGGGUCUGCACAUGCGGCUGCGCGCGCGCGCCUUUGUCUUCGAGGAAGAGAGAUGCUGCGCCUUUGUCAGCGUCGACACGGGCUGCAUCACCGAGUCUGUCUCGCGCGCAGUCGCCAUGCGCCUCGACGCCCACGCGACGAUUCCCAAGGGCGUCUUCUCAACGACCAACGUACUGCUCAGCGCAACGCACACGCACUGCGCGCCGGGCGGCCUUUCCGACUUUUUCAUCUACAGCAUGCACCCGCCGUUGAAGGGCUUUGACAAGCAAAACUUUGAGUGCGUCGUGGCUGGCAUCGUCGAGGCCAUUGCGCGGGCAUACGCCAACCGCCAGCCCGGCGUCAUUCGUGUGGCCAAGGGCACCUGCCUCGGCGCGUCCGUGAACCGGUCCAUCGACGCGUACAACGCAAACCCAGCAGCAGAGCGCGCGCUGUACGAGCACGACACGGACAAGGAGAUGGUUCUCUGGCGUCUCGACGGCCUCGACGGGUUCCCGAUCGGCAUGAUCAACUGGUUUGCCGUGCAUCCGACCAGCAUGGGAAGCUGGUUCACGCUCAUCACUGGCGACAACAAGGGGUAUGCAGCCCAUGCGUUUGAGCGCGAGCACGGCAACAACCACUUGCUCGACCGACCUCGCAGCUUCGUCGCCGCCUUUGCCCAGAGCAACGAAGGCGACGUGAGCCCUAAUAUCUGCGGCCCGCGGCAUUGCGGCAACCAAGAAGACGACCUCUCGCGCAUGGUCCAGGUGGCCGAGGCGCAGCUCGCGACCGCGCGUCAGCUGUACCUCGAGGCCGCGUCGAGCCCCGCCAUCGCCGGCGCCGUCAAGUGCGUGCAUCAGUACGUCGACUACAACGCGAUCCCGCUCUCGACCAAGUGGCACCAGUACAAAGAGUGCGCGCCGACGACGUCCCCCGGCUGCAUCGGAGUCUCCAUGCUCAGCGGUACGACCUUUGACGGCCGCGGCAUUGCGAUGAUCCCCGAGGGCCUCACGUGGAGAAGCGACAAGCACUGGCUCACGCUCGUGCCGCAGACGCAAGCCGGGCAGAAAGAAAAGAUCAUCGCGUUUCCGACUGCGUCCUACGGCCUCUCCCCGUCCGUGCUACCGCUGCAGCUCAUUUCCAUCGGCGACGCGCUCGCUCUCGCCGCCGUGCCGUUCGAGUCGACGACGAUGGCCGGCCGCCGACUCCGGGCCACAAUCCGAGACGCCUUGCCAGGCCACGACGUGGUCGUCGCUGGCCUCGCCAACGACUACUGCGGCUACAUGACGACGCGCGAAGAGUACGCUGUGCAGCGCUACGAAGGCGCGUCGACCCACUUUGGGCCGAAUCAGCUCGUCGCGACGCAGCAGCAGUUUGAAGUGCUGGCGCGCGCGCUCUUGGUGCACGAGGCGCCGCCGACGUGUCCGGCGCCGGCGCAUGGCUUUGUGACGACGACCCACUGGCACACACCGGUGGUCCAAGACUCGGUGCCAAAUGGGUCGGCGUUUGGGGAUCUUGUCGCGAACGUUUCCGACAGUUUGUACUACCCGGGAGACACGGUGCGCGCCACCUUUUACGCCGGGCACCCCAAGAACAAUCUGCGCACGCAAAGCACGUUCCUCGAAGUCCACCGGUGGCGCGACGACCUCGGCGUGUGGGUCCUCGUCGCCGACGACAGCAGCGCCGACACGUUUUUUCGUUGGGCGCGCGUCGGCGUCUCGACGUCCCACGCGACGAUCGAGUGGGUGGUGCCACCGGGGACACCGCCAGGGACCUACCGCUUGAAACACCACGGCGACUGCAAGCCGUCUUGGAGCCAAAAGGCCGUCGUGCCGUACGAAGGCUUCUCGAGCCCUUUUCGCGUGCAGCUGCGACCGACGACGCCGCUCCUCGUCGUGGCACCCGCCACGAAGGAAGCGGCCAUCUCGACGCCCAAGGCGACGACAGCUCGCCACGCCGUCGGUGGGUUCACGGCCACCACGUCCAGCAUUACCGCGUCGCCCAUGCUGCUCAAGAAGCGCCGCACGUCCAUCCUGCUCGAGUUGGGUCAUGGCGUUCGCACGCGAAAAGCCAGCAUGUAG